AUGGGAAACGGCACAGGGGUGACAGACUUCAUCCUCGUGGGGCUCACCGAUGACCCCCACCUGCAGGCUCUGCUCUUCUUUGUCCUCUUCCUCACCUACGCAUUAAGCGUCACCGGGAAUCUGACCAUCGUAACCCUCACUUUGCUGGGCUCCCACCUCCGCACUCCCAUGUACUUGUUCCUGCGCAGUUUCUCCUUGCUGGAGAUCGCCUUCACAUCCGCCUGCAUUCCCAGAUUCCUGGUCACCAUCGUCACCGGAGAUAGAACCAUUUCCUUUUCCAACUGCUUCACUCAGCUGUUCUUCUUCAUCUUCCUGGGGGUGACGGAGUUCUUCCUCCUGGCCGCCAUGUCCUACGACCGCUAUGUUGCCAUCUGCCGGCCCCUGCACUACACGACCGUCAUGAGCGGGGACUUCUGUGCCCUGUUGGUCUUCUGCUCCUGGCUGGCUGGGUUCCUGGUCGUAUUUCCACCAGUCAUCGUUCUCCUACAGCAUGAUUUCUGCUCCUCCAAUAUCAUCAACCAUUUCCUCUGUGACUCUUCUCCCAUGCUACAGCUCUCCUGCUCAGACACCCGGUUCUUGGAGCUAAUGGCUUUCCUCUUAGCCUUGGGGACCCUCCUGGUCACCCUGGCUCCAGUGACUGUGUCCUACACAGCCAUCAUCCUGGCCAUCCUGAGACUGCCUUCCUCCAAGCAGAGGAGAAAGGCCUUUUCCACCUGCUCCUCCCACAUGGUCGUGGUCUCCAUCUCCUAUGGCAGCUGCAUCUUCAUGUAUGUCAACCCAUCCCCCAAGUCAGGGGUCUCCUUCAACAAGGGGGUGGCGGUGCUCAACACCUCCGUGGCCCCCAUGCUGAACCCUUUCAUCUACACUUUGAGGAAUGAGCAGGUCAUACAGGCCCUAAGGGACCUGGUGUUCCAGGUUCAGUGUUUCUUAAAGAAGAGAGGGAGAGCAAUAUAA